UUUUGGAGAAUGAGAAUUCGAAUUUUUGGAAAAACAAUCAACAAAACAUUAAUUAGAACAAAGAAGAAAAUGUUUUUGAAAACAACCAACAAAAACAAACAACCUACAACAGUUAAUAAAUGUUUUAGUGUUCAAAAGAAAUUAAAUCUUGAGAAUAUAGAAAAUUCAACAACAACAAGCAGUAGUACUUUAAAAAUAAAUAAUGUUGAAGUUGUUGAAGAACAAAACAACAACAACGAUGUUUAUUCAAGCAAUAAUAGUUUAAUGAAUGAAACAUUAGAAAUUAGAAUGAGUGAAAGUUCGUAUGAAAAUAUUGGUAAUGAACAACAAAAACAACAACAAAUAUUUUUUGGUAAUGCUGUUGAUCAAUACGUAUUUCAGAAUCUGGGCCAAAUGGUUUUUUGGAAGUCCAAUAAGGAAAAACAAUUGGAAGAGGAGUUGACAAAAAUAAAGGAAGAAUUCAACGAACAUAAAGAAUUUUCUGAACGUUUAGUUAAAUCUUGUGAAGAGAAGAAUGCUCAACUUUUAAGAGAAAAUUCUCAAAUUAAAGAAUUAUUAGACACGAAAACUGCAUUAGACAACGCUGGCGAUGUAAUUAUGAAAAUGGAAGAAGAAUUAAAAUGUGCAAAUGCUGAUAUGGCGAUUAAAGAGGCUAUGUUAAUUGACAAACAAAAUGAACAGGAGAAGAGCGACAAUUUAAUCGCUGAUUUAAAGAAGAAAAUUAAGCAACUAGAAGAUGACAAAUUAAAACUUUGUUAUGAUCAAGGAACUUCAGUUGGCACUAGCGGAACUGGCUAUCAGCGUUUUACUACCGAACAGCUUGCCGCACUUAAUUCGUUAUAUGAAGGGAACCAAUGGACAAAAGAUGACCUCAAUAACUUGCUUGAAAAUUAUGGAAUUAGAAUGGAGGUUGUUUUUUUAAUAUUGCCUUGUCAUUUUAUUUCAGCGAGCUAAGGUUUGGCAUAAGAAUCAAAAAGCCAAGAAUCGUAAAAUUCAAGAUGCUAAGGAAGACGAAGACAAUAAUC